CUGGGCCGGGCUGGUGCGGCGGCAGCUGAGCGCAGCUGAGCAGCUCGCUAGUCGUGGCUGAGCUUGGCGCCGCAGUGCCGGACCGGACCGCCGUCGCCCUGGGACCACCGCGGCACCUCCGCGACGCGCGCCUGCCGACGCUCAUGCAGCUGCUGCUGGCACAUCGGCCCCGCCCCGCCGCGCCCCGCCGCGCCCUGCCCCGCAGUGCCAGCACGCGCGAGGCCCAGCCCCUGGCGCCGCCCCUGGCUCAGUCGGGCACCUGAGAGUCCGCGCCCAGCAUGAAGAGUGACCCCUGACCGGGCCAGGCCAGCCCCGGCCCGGCCGGCACGCCAAGGCUCCGCGCCGCCGCGUCGUUCAGCUCUGCGUCUCGGAAUGACGAGGCUGGCUUCCCCGCGUGUUCUGACAGAGGCGUGUCCGCGAGACCGUGUAGCUCGUGCUUAGUGCCGGUCUUCGCGGAGCCCGGAGGGGACCGGGCCGGCGGCAACGCCGCACCUCAACACGGUGCGGGAGAUGGGGAGUUCCAGCAAAAAGGCGAUCGGUGGCAGCAUCCACCGCAUUAGGGAGUUCGAGCUGGAAAAGGUGAACCUGGCCGAGGAGUUCGACAUCCUGCAGAUCGUCGGUGAAGGAUGGUUCGGCAAGAUCCUGCUGGCGGAGCACCGCGCCACGGGGCGCGAGGCGGUCCUGAAGGCGCUGCCCAAGCCCUACACGGCGCUCAAGGACUUCUACCGCGAGUUCCACUACUCGCUGCACCUCGGCGCGCACCGCUCCAUCAUCACGACGCACGACGUGGCCUUCGAGACGGCCGGCUUCUACGUGUUCACGCAGGAGUACGCGCCGCUCGGCGACCUGACGGCCAACGUGUCGGACAACGGCAUCGGCGACCUGCACUCCAAGCGCGUGGCCAAGCAGAUCGCCUCCGCCCUGGAGCACCUGCACUCGCGGGACCUCGUGCACCGGGACGUGAAGCUGGACAACGUGCUCGUGCUCCGCUCCGACUUCUCGCGCGUCAAGCUGUGCGACUUCGGCGAGACGCGGCGGGCGGGCACCCUGGUGACGCGGCGCCACGAGUGGCUGCCGUACUCGCCGCCCGAGGUCCUGCACACUGACACGGACCAGACGUACAAGGCGGACACCUCCCACGACGUGUGGCAGUUCGCCGUGGUGGUGUUCGUGUGCCUGACGGGGUGCCUGCCGUGGCAGAAGGCCGCGCAGGACGACCCCCGGUACGCGCGCUACGUGUCGUGGCGCGCCGCCGCCUCCAUGCCCUUCCUGCCGGCGUCGCGGCGCCCCAAGCUGUGGCGCCUCGUGUCGGCGCGCGCGCAGCGCAUGCUGCGCAGCUUCCUGGAGCCGCGCGCCGACCGCCGCCCCGCUGGCCUCGGCGAGCUGCAGCGCUUCGCCGACGACCGGUGGGUGGCCAAGGGCAACUCGGACAAGAAGGAGGAGGGCGUCGAGGACGACGGACUCUGCCCGUCCAUGUACUCGUUCCACUCGUCCGCCGAGGAGAAGAACAAGCUGCUGGCCACGCUGUCCGAGUGCGGCAUCGAGACGACGGUGGACCGCGGCGCCAAGAAGGACCGCAUCCGGGAGUGGGUGCAGUCCGCCGUCAUACCGGAGGACGACGAGGAAGUGGAGCAAUCCGAAGUCGAGGAAAACUGGGAGGAAGACGAGCCGCAGCCCCGGCCCGGUCCACGCACGGGGAAGGGUACCGUGCGAGCGAGCACCUCCAGCACCUCCACCGCUUCCACCGUUGGCCCGGUCAGCGUCCCCCAACCUCCUCCCCGCAGCGGGGGUAGUGGCACGUCCCGGGUGUCCUUCGCCGAGACCCCAACGGGACCAACGGGGUCGUACUCCAGGGCUCGGUCAGGUCCCGCUGGAGCGAGCCCCAAAGACCUCAGAGCGGACCCCAGAGCGGACCCCAGAGGAGACCCCAGAGGAGACCCCAGAGGAGACCGCAGAGGAGAUCCCAGCGGAGACCCUAGGGGAGACCCCAGGGGAGACCCUAGGGGAGACCCUAGAGGAGACCCCAGGGGAGACCCCAGGGGAGACCUCAGGGCCGGCCCCAGCCCCAGCAGGAGGCCAAAGCCGACUGGACAAGUUGGGCGACCCAACGGCAACCCGAAGGACACGCCGCUGGCCUCCGCGCGGACUCCCAACGGUCUCCCCAGCGGCAAGGCCAGGACCGAUUCCAGGGCGCCCAGCAAGAUGACUAAUGGGAGAAUGCAGAAGGGCUCGUCUACCGAGGCUCACACUACGUCCGCGGAGUCAGGAAGUCGGUCCGGCAGCCACUAGUUUGCUGGUCGGUUGACAGGAACAGUGCGUGGGCUCUUUCACCCAAUCAAGACUUGAACAUGAAGUGCAUAGAAUUCCCAAUUGAUUAGCAUAUAGGAAGUCGUGCAAUUUCUCUGACAAGAGAUUUGCGGCCACAAGCUAAAUGUUUGCAUGUAAAUAUUGUUUAUAUUUCCGAGUAAUUUUGCGUAAUUAUUUGUUGUGUAAUUAUGUAAGUACUGUGAUGAGUGGAGAUCUUGAUGAUGGAGUGUGCGGUCAGUGCACACUCAAUGAAGCAAACGCCGAAAGUCGUUGGCGGAAGAAAAAGACUGCCGGAGUGCGGGAAGGCUGACCUCGGGAGUGUUUGUCCUGUUUGAUGUUCCAUUAUUGAGGUGUAGCUUUAAAAAGUUAAAACUGAUAUUUUUUAAAUAGAAGCGCUCUAGGUAAUUGGCAACCUCUGAUAUUUAAGACUGCUCACUGCUCUCAUCCUUUUGCCGGAACACGACAUUUUAUACUUUUUAAAAGGUUACUUUGUUCCAUACUGUAUAAGUUAAUAAUAUAAGUCAUUUAAUGUAAUUAAGCUGACAAUAGAAUGUUUGGUGGCUUUUUUUGUUUGAGAAUAGAAGAAACAUGUGUAGUGUC